CAUGUCCGGGAUAGCCGUCACAAUGUCAACACAGACGAGCGACGCGCCUCAUGGACCAGAUCGCGCGCCUAGAGGAGCUCCUGCGCCAGGCACAAGAACGCGCAGAGCAAGCUGAAGCCUUGUCUCGACCAACGACACUGAAAGAAUUCCUCACUUUUUGUCAUGAUCACCUCGACCUCAAGGUGGCCGUCGAGUCCGACAAAUCUCUCACCUCCAAAGGGACCAUCACAAACCCCCAGGAUAAAGCUGUGCCUUCCAAACUCUUACCGUGGACUGAUUUCUUCACGCACCAGAAAAAUAACCAUGGCAGAUUGCGCUCGGCAUUUCCUCAGGAUCAGCGGGCGUUUGGAAGUCUAGCCUUCCUCCAAGAACUUGGUCGACAACACGCUUCGAAAAAAAUCGCAAACGAACGCGACCUUGAAAUUGUCCAGCACGACAUCGUCGAGGCACCUGUCGCGAGAAUCAUCGAGGCUCUCAGGAAUCACGAUGCGACGAAACGAGAAUUCGCCCUCGGGCAAGGUGUUACCUUCGACAACCACCCAAAUGCGCUAAGCGAUGGCGCUCGCGACUCAAAUCAACUUCGUGCCGACCAGGUCUGCGUUUUCCGGCACGCUGACGCGGAGGGAAGCGGACGCCUCCUGGCCUUCGUGAUUGAGUAUAAGGCACCGCACAAGCUGACGCCGGCUCAGCUGCGUCUAGGUCUGCGGGAGAUGAACAUCAAGCAGGAGGUCAUAGACAGACAGAAGAUUCCCACGGACGAGAACGAGCUCUUCAUCUACCACGCGGAAAGAGUUGUCGCCGCGGCCGUGUGCCAGACAUAUCACUAUAUGAUAACAAGCGGCCUCAGGUACAGCUACUUGUCCACUGGCGAGGCAAUAGUAUUCCUCAAGGUCGACUGGAGUACUCCCGAGCAUUUGUUAUUCCAUCUUGCGGAGCCACGAGCCGAGGUGCUAGCACACCCCGACAAUGCUGUAUAUUGCACGGCGAUCAGCCAGGUUCUCGCCUUCACAAUUUUGGCAAUCGAAGAACAACCGUUCAAUCCGGGUCAGGAUGAACGUUCCCGAGUAAUGAAGGACCUCGGACGGUGGUCGGUAGACUACGAUGCCGUGCUCAGGGAUAUACCACGGAGUGUCCGGAAGUCGCCACCGUCGUCAGCUUAUGCUCCCAAAGCAUAUCGUCAAGUCAACAGAUCGCCAUACGGUCUUCGCAGCCGGGCUACAGGGCCAACAUGUCGACCAGCGUCAGUGAUUUCAAAUGACGACGACUCCUCUGAUCAGUCCGACAACGAAGGUGGUCGCUCUACACAGAAGAGCCCCAGCUUAAGAAAUGCACGACUCGAGUCACAGCCGCGGCAACCAAGGACCGGUGCAAGCCAGGAUACACACACGAAGCAUACAUCAUCGCAGCGACAAUACUGUACACAACAAUGCUUGCUUGGACUCGCCAGACGCACAGUGCUUGACAUGGGAUGUCCAAAUGUUGGCAUGCACCAACAAGGCGAUUCACAAUACCAUCCGGUCAAUUUGGACGAGUGGCUACAACUCAUCCAGAAUCAGCUGGCCAAAUCGUUAGACACGAACAUUGUAAAGCUCGACAAACAAGGAGCUCGAGGCGCCGCAUUCCAAGUCACGCUUGCCAGAUACGGCUACACAAUCGUCGCGAAAGGUACUGCCUCACACUUGGUUGAAGACCUUCAACAUGAGGUCUCUGUGUACAAGGCGCUUGAGACCCUGCAAGGCAUUCAUGUGCCGGUUUUCCUUGGCGCAUUCAAACUCGAGCGGCCGUACUACUACCUUCCCGACGCGCACCUUGUCUAUUGGCUGCUCCUAUCCUGGGCGGGCGAACCCAUGAGACCAGAUCAGCAGUGCUCUACAGGAAUGGCGCAUGCGCGGCAUGCAGCAGAAGAAGCAGUCAAGCGGCUGGGUGUGGUUCAUGGCGACCUCCGCGAUGCGAAUGUACUUUGGAACUCCAAGACUGACCGUGUGAUGCUCAUUGACUUUGACUGUGCAACACUUCCGGUCCACCCACCUGCCACGGGCUCUCAGCAAGUCGGGGACGAAUUUUACCCACAGCAUAGAAUGCCUCUGCAUGCAAUUGCGACAAAUCGUUUGCUCAGGAUUGAACAACAGCGAUCCGGAAAAUUAAGAGAUCUUCGCAAAUAUCGCGCGAGGGUAGGACAAAACGCAAGCGAGAGGGUACUUGCUCGUCGUCUCCGACGAGACGGGAGCAGUUGAGAUUGCUCUGCCUUUCUUUGGUUGUUUUGGACAGCUAGUUGCUCACAGGUUGGGUAUUUAGAGUCAGCAUGAGUGAAUGAUGUUCAACGCGGAUGGAACUGUUCUAAGCCAUUUGCUGUCGUUAUGUGUGCUGCAGUUGGUCUCUUGGAAGUUGAUGCAACGUGGGCAGCGAUCCGAAUGUAUUGUUAGGUUGCAUGCCAUGAAUACAGCUUCAUAGUUUCAAGUUCGAUCGCGGGCACACACUAAAAUCCUGAUCACUCCCAUCACGUAUUACAUGCAAGCUGAUGAUCUCAAGCAUCUAGGAUAAGCUUUAAUGUCAUCUCAUCACUGCCAGCCGGCCUCGCGCCCACGGAGAAACUCACCCAGGUCAUUCUGUUGAAUCAACAGGGGGAGGCGGGAU